AUGUAUGAGACAAGGGACGAGAAGGAACUGGGUUUCGAUAACGUCGUCUUUCAAAUAGACGAGUCCCACAUCGGGAAUGGCGGGACGAGAUAUUACCCUGAAAACUCGACGAGCGUCUUGGAGCAGGGCAUUGAACCGGGAAAAGAACGCGCGACAUGGAACAACAGCGUGGAAUUCCUCAUGUCGUGUAUCGCCGUGUCGGUCGGUUUUGGCAAUAUCUGGCGGUUCCCGUUUACAGCUUACGAGAACGGCGGCGGCGCCUUUCUCAUCCCGUACGUGAUCCUGCUCUUCCUGGUGGGAAAGCCGUUCUACUUUUUGGAGAUGAUCAUCGGACAGUUCUCCGGCAGGUCAUCCGUCAAAGUCUGGAGCAUGUCGCCGGGUUUCGUCGGAGUCGGAUGGGCGCAAUUUUGCUCAACCAUCGCGUUGGCGACCUACUACAGCUCGCUGAUGGCAUUGACACUUUAUUAUCUGAUCGCAUCCUUCUCCGCCGAAUUGCCUUGGGCUACUUGUCUGCAAGAAUGGGGUGACACGUGUGUUGAUUCGAGCACCAAAAGAAAUCACAGUGCAAAUAGUACAGCAAAGGGAAACAUUAACGUUCUUGAUAAUUUCUUAAACGGCAGCAAUAAACUUCAAAGCUCGGCCGAACUGUACUUUUCACGAGUGGUGUUGCACGAGAAGGAGAACAUCGACGACGGGAUCGGGUGGCCGGACUGGAAGCUAACGCUAUGCCUUCUUGGCAGCUGGGCGGCGGUCUGCGCGGUACUCUUCCAAGGUGUAAAGAGCUCCGGAAGAUUCUCUUAUUUCCUGGCCAUUUUUCCAUACGUCGUACUGAUCUCGCUACUGGUCCGCGCGGUUACUCUGGACGGCUCAAUGAACGGGAUCUUGUACUUUAUCACUCCGAAAUGGUCGAAACUCCUGGAGCCGACCGUCUGGUAUGCCGCCGUGACCCAAUGCUUCUUCUCACUUUCUGUCUGCUUCGGCAGCAUUAUCACGUACUCCUCGCAUAAUGGCUUUAAGCACAAUAUUUACAGAGACGUCAUGAUAAUUACAUCGUUGGACACGGCUACGAGCAUGUUGGCCGGCUGCACGAUAUUCGGGAUUCUCGGCAAUUUGGCAUACGAGUUAGGUGUGGAAGAUAUAUCCAAAGUGGUCAAAGGCGGAGCUGGCUUGGCAUUCGUGUCUUAUCCCGACGCGAUAGCAAAACUUAACUUUCUACCGCAGUUAUUUGCUGUCCUCUUUUUCGUUAUGAUGUUUGUCCUUGGUGUCGGUAGCGCGGUGGGAAUGACCACAGGCAUCAUCACGGUAAUAAACGAGCAGUUCCCCCGGCUGAAAACUUGGCAGAUCGUAGUUCCGACCUGUUUGCUGGGUUUCUCAAUCGGCACGGUCUACGUAACACCGGGCGGACAAUUUAUUUUAACUUUAGUAGACUAUUACGGCACGUCAUUUGUCGUUUUCAUCUUAGCGUCGUUCGAGAUGACUGGAGUGAUAUGGUUUUACGGUCUUGAAAACUUUUUAGAGGACUUUGAAUUUAUGUUGGACCGAAAGCCGAGCGUCUACUGGAGGAUAUGCUGGUUUAUAGUAACGCCGUUGAUACUAAUAACGAUCUUCAUUUACACCGUGGCCACCUUGUCGCCUUUGACUUACGGUGGAAUAUCAUUGCCGGGAUACGCGCACGUCAUCGGAGUGACGAUACUCUGCAUCGGUGUUCUUCAGAUACCGCUAUGGAUGUUGAUCGCAAUGUUGAAGAAUCGGAAAUUGCCGUUCGCACAGAUGAUAAGGAGAGCUUUCGCACCGGCGAACGGAUGGGGUCCACGAGAGGUACAGCAACGCAAAGAUUGGAAGAUCUUCAAGGAUGAGAGAGCGAGAGAGCGGGAGAAGAGGAUCCAACCGAUCUGGAAGCAAAUACUUUACGUUCUCUUAAACUUGGAACCAAUAUAGAGCGUACAAUGUUGUACGGCUCAAGAUACUUUAAAGUUGUUUGAACCUUCACAGUCAUUUCUACCGCGGCGGGAUCCGUGGCAAAACAACGAGAUAAGUUGAAUAUAAAAAAAAUUAUUUGUUCUUUAAUCCCUUAACUGCAUGCAAAAUUUCAGAAAGCCAUUUUGUUUCUUUAUUAUCUAACGUAACCAAACAAUAUGUGACUUGAGAAAAAUAGCCAGAUAUGGCCAUAAUUAUAUUUAAAGAAAAUCAAAUUAAUGAUAUAGAUAAAUUAUCAAUUCGCAUAUAGUUGUGCACUUACGUAAUACCACAGUUAAGGGAUUUAUAGUUGUCCUUAAAGCUUAGCUCUUGCUAAGUUCCGUCUCAUUCAUUCUUAUGUCUAAUGUUGCACUAUGUGUAAUAUGACAUGUGA